AACUCUCAUCAUCUGCCCGUCGCCACUCCCUAUCACCCAUCCUCCACCUCUUUACCCACCCCCAAUCAACUCUAUCACAAUGACCCAGACUCGUGAGGACUCCGUCUACCUGGCCAAGCUCGCUGAGCAGGCCGAGCGUUAUGAGGAGAUGGUUGAGAACAUGAAGCGUGUUGCUUCGUCCGACCAGGAGCUCACCGUUGAGGAGCGUAACCUCCUGUCCGUUGCCUACAAGAACGUCAUCGGCGCGCGCCGUGCGUCUUGGCGCAUCGUCUCCUCCAUCGAGCAGAAGGAGGAGUCCAAGGGCAACGAGGCCCAGGUCAAGAUGAUCAAGGGCUACAGGGAGAAGAUUGAGAGCGAGCUUGCGAAGAUCUGCGAGGACAUCCUCGACGUCCUCGACAAGCACCUUAUCCCCUCGGCCGCGUCGGGCGAGUCGAAGGUGUUCUACCACAAGAUGAUGGGUGACUACCACCGUUACCUUGCUGAGUUCGCGACUGGCGACAAGCGGAAAGAGAGCGCCGACAAGUCGCUCGAGGCCUACAAGGCCGCGUCCGACGUUGCCGUCACCGAGCUCCCCCCCACACACCCCAUCCGCCUUGGGCUCGCGCUCAACUUCUCCGUCUUCUACUACGAGAUCCUCAACAGCCCCGACCGUGCAUGCCACCUUGCGAAGCAGGCGUUCGACGAUGCUAUUGCCGAGCUCGACACCCUCUCCGAGGAGAGCUACAAGGACUCCACCCUCAUCAUGCAAUUGCUCCGUGACAACCUCACCCUCUGGACGUCGGACAUGCAGGAGUCUGACAAGCCUGCGGAUAAGGAGGAGGGCGCUGAGGCCCCCGCGGAAGACGCAUAAUCGCGCACCUCGGGGUUGGCGGAAGUCCUUCGUGUCUUGUAGUUCGUCGUAGUCGUCUUGCUCAUCCAUCAUCAGCAUUGUGCAUCCUCAUCGUACCAUAAUCGCGCACCUAUCAUCUCUUUGCAUUCGUUUAUUUUUUCGUGUCACUACUCUCUUCGGCUUGUCUCUAUCAUCUGCGCGAUGACGGUCAGAACGGCCGUAAUCCGUCUCGUAGUGGCUGUGGCAUGUAUACAGGGAAAUUCGCAUUCAGUGAUCAUGAACA